GAAAGCUUACUAAAAAUGUCGUUGUACUUGACUCGUGCAAUGACAAUAAAAGGCUUUCUAUUCUAUUCUAUUUAUAUUCUAUUCUAUUCUAUUCAUGUCCUUUUCUGCAAUAUCAAAUUGCAGAAAAGGACAUGCUAACCAUAACCCUAACCCUAAAGUUAUAAUUACAUUAUUUUAUUAUGAUAGGUUGUGAUCUAAAGGGGGCCGGUCUGAGGCGUGAAACUCCAGGGCUGAAAAUGAGUCCCACUCCGGCCCUGAUUACGUGUAUAUAUAAAUACAGACUUUGAAUGCUUAUUAUCAUCUUGCAAAAUCAGAUAUACCUGAAAUAUUAUGGGUCCGUUUUCUGGAAUUUUCUCUAUUUAUACCAAGUCAAUGAGUGAUGUAGUUGACCGCUCAGCAGGGUCACUCAGCAAGCCCUUUCAAUCGUUUUUAGAGAAACAUGUCACACAUCCAGCUAUUCUUCGGCAAUGUUGUUCUGAAUGUUUCCGGGGAUUCGUAUAAAUAAAAAUGCCUGACCCCCAUACACCACAUCUGGAAGUGCAGUGCUACAUACAAGCAUUCAGAAUAAGAGAGCAGAGUUCCAUCUGCACCAGUUGGAAGAUCCUUGCGGUUGUGAAGCACUAUGAAGUGCACAUUGAUCCUCUUCAUGUGCUACCUGACUGGCCGGGCCCAUGGCUGGCGGUAUUACCACUCCACAGCGCUCAAAAACUGGACCCAAGCCAGGGAGUGGUGUCGGGAAGAAUACACUGACAUGGUGGCCAUCCAAAGCCAGGAGGAGAACGACCAUCUGGUCUCUCUGCUGCCCACCCGAACGGGGAGUCCGUAUUACUGGAUAGGAAUCACAAAGAGCGAGAAGAGCGACCCGUGGACCUGGGUAGGGAACAACAGCACCUGGGUCGGUAAUCAGUCCUGGGCCACAGACGAGCCCAACAACAACCACGUCACUGAGUUCUGUGUGGAGAUAUACGUUAACAACAACAAGGCCAACAGAGGAAAGUGGAACGACGAGAAGUGCAGUGAAAAAAAGUACCCCGUUUGUUACCAAGCCCAGUGCAAUCUGACAUCCUGCGACAGAGGGAGAUGUCGUGAAACCAUCGAUAACACCAUCUGCCUUUGUGAGCCAGGCUUCGGAGGGGACAGGUGCCAGACAGCGGUCACGUGCGACGCCCUCUCGGUUCCCCAGCACGGCCGUCUCCAGUGUCACGGAUCCUACGGACCUUCACGCUUCAAUUCGUCCUGCCGGUUCCACUGUGACCUCGGGUACCGCGUGGAGGGCCCGGAAUGGCUGCAGUGUCAGGCGUCCGGACGCUGGGACCACCCCGCCCCCCGGUGCCAAGUGGAACAGUGCGCGGCUCUGAAAUGGACGUCUGACAGACUGCUCAGGACCUGCCUCCAUCCGAUUGCCAAUGACAGCUUCAACUCCACUUGUGCGUUCAGUUGUGAGGAGGGUUUCGAGCUCAGUGGACAGAGCGUGACGAUAUGCGACCAUGCGGGUCGAUGGACCGCCGAGGUCCCAACGUGUUCAGCGGUCACGUGCGACGCCCUCUCGGUUCCCCAGCACGGCCGUCUCCAGUGUCACGGAUCCUACGGACCUUCACGCUUCAAUUCGUCCUGCCGGUUCCACUGUGACCUCGGGUACCGCGUGGAGGGCCCGGAAUGGCUGCAGUGUCAGGCGUCCGGACGCUGGGACCAACCGGCCCCCCGGUGCCAAGUGUUUGGCUGCCCCCCUCUCUCCCAAUCCCUGUAUGGGGGUCCGGACUGCUCUGACCAGAUCCACGCCUUCGACUCUACCUGCCCUGUAGGCUGCCCCUUUGGAUCCUUCAAGCUGAGGUCAGGCCAGCUCACCUGUAGCAGUGACGGGACUUGGCGUGGGCCGACCCCCAUUUGUAUAAACUAUAAACAUGGUUUAAUGGCUCUGGCUGGUUGCGGGGCCUUCAUGAUGAGUUGCAUCUUUUUUUUGAUUAUGAAGCGCAGAAAAAAUAAGAAACUUUCCCAGCAAAGGGAAUAUGAAGAAGACAUGGGUUCAGGCAAUGAGCCUCAAAGCUGAAGGAGGAAGAAUAUUAUUCUUCAAACAUAGCCUGGGGCAGCUUGUAUCGCUGUGUUUAUCCUUCACUCAUAUUGUUUAGGAAAAUGAGAUAUAAAACUAUGUAAAUCUGAAUGACUUUUCUGGAGAUGUAUUUCAUUAAAUAAAUGCAGAAAUUUUCAGAUGA